AUGGCAACAUCCAAACUUCGACACAGGUCUGAGAAGGCUGUUGCCAAGAAGGCCGGCUGCAUACCUGGCGACGAGGGCUGCACGUGCCCUAAGUGCAGGUUUGGGGCCCCUAUGGAUUCAAGCGAGCAAGAAAAGCGGCUCAACGACAUAGCCACGUGGCUCUGCAUUGGGCCGGAUAGCGAAUCGGAGCCGACGAAGCAGGAGCUCAAGAAGUGGAACAAGACUGCGGUGCAGCUUUGCAAGUUGGCACAAGCUGGGGAAAUUGACAAGCUGGAGGAGCUGCUUGGGGAGCAGGAUUGCGAUGAUGAAAUUAUGACCCAGAUAUCCUCGGAGUUGGUGAUCGUUGCGAGCCAGUUUGGGAGGCUGGAGACUCUCAAGGUCCUGAAAGACUCGUGGCUGGCGGACCUGAACUACCAGAGCAACCGCGGCAGGACUGAGCGAGGGAGGAGCGCUCUUAUGUAUGCAGCCAGCAAAGGGCAUGUGCCAAUCGUGCGUUACCUUUUAGAAGACGAGGAUGUGAAUAUAGACUGUGCUGAUGAGGGCCGAAUGACGGCGCUCAUGGUCGCUGCAUUUUCCAACAGGAAUGCCGUGGCCCAAGUACUGCUUGAAGAGGGAGCAGAUGUGCAUUUGGCAGAUAACAGGGGCCGGACUGCCCUAUCAUACGCCGCCAUGUAUGGCAAUGUGGAAACAAUAAAUCUCUUGUGUGAGCAUGGAAGCUCCCUAUACCACCAAGACCAUGAUGGGAAGAAACCGCUGGAACUUGCGCAGUGCCACAAUAGGUGUGGCCACGUGGUCGAGGCAAUUAAGAAAUGUAGCAAGAAGGAGGAGCUGCGCAGGGAGCGGGAGCGACGCAAGAACAAGUCAGAGGCCAGCCAGGGCAGAAGCACUGGUGCAGGGCCUCAGGAUCUGGAGCAAGCAGACCAGAACAUGGCACGUCUGCUAAGAGAGCUGGAAGAAGAAGAAAUGUCAAAGAAAAAGAAGCAAGAUUCGAAAAAGGCACAAAAGAAAAGGAGGAGCGGAUUUGGAUUAAACACAGGGUUGGGUGGCAGAUGUGUGGACGACGGGGACGUUGGCUGGUCCACGUCUUCGGCGUUAAGUAAUGCAUCUAAUAGUCCGGCUCGAUCCAUGGGGGUGGACAGUUAUUCGCCAGACAGGGGAGGGUUGGCAGACUCCAACAGGACACGAGAAAAGGGGCAGAAACCUUCCAGGAGCCCAGGCAGGGCAGAACCAAAAGCGGCUUCCUUGUCCAUGGCGACGAGCCUGAGGUUCUUGAACCCACACACGCAGGUCACCGACACAAAGACGCUGAGAGAAUACUGGAACGUCAUCUUAGAGGAUGCCAACAAAUGUGUGGAGGAGGAACAGCAGGCACAGUACACAGACCUGCUGUCGGAGCUGAUGCAGCGCUGCAGGGAAGCAGGCAUCAGCGUCAAGCAGGGCAAAAAGGUGCUGGGGCGGCUGGAGAAGGUGGGUGGGGCCCGAGCGGAGCUGUUCGCUGCCGUCAGCGACUCGCCCGUGGAUCUGCACCGCGUGGACACAGCCCUGAGGGAAGCCAAGCAGGUGAAGAAUCUGAUCGACCCCAAGCUGUGGGCAAGGGCGGAGGCGCUCAUGCAUGAGAGCGGCGCACAGUGUGUGCAGAACAGGGACGCUGUUAUCUCGUCACUGGUGCACCUCAGCGUGACAUCCACAGAGGGGGCGGUGGGUCGUUCCGAUGUGUCUCCUCAGACCAGUGCCCCAUCCCCUCCAGAGGUCUCCAGCGGCAUGAACAAGGCGCCCACGGGGCCGCAGACAUCUGAUGGCUUAGACUCACUGAGGAAGGACAUCGAGUGCGUGGUGUGCCUGUUCGCUAGGAGGAGCGCCUGCAGUGUGCCCUGCGGCCAUAUCUGCAUGUGUUAUGCCUGCGCCAUGGAGGUACAGAGGAAGAGGGGAGUGUGCCCGUUGUGUCGGGGGAACAUCGAGUUUGUCAUGCAGAUCAUGUGA